AUGAUUGAAGAAGAACAAGAAGAAGCUAUGGAAGAGAAUAUUUCUUCUCUUAAAGAAAGAAUCUUUAAUAUGGCAUCAUUGACAAUUAACAGUAAUGUGGAAUCAGAUUUCUCUAUUUUGGCUUUCGAAGAUUGUCAAUCUCUCUUGGAUUUUUCUGCUGCUUCCGCCUUUGUUGACUGGGACAACAGUAUGAUCUCGGUUUCCAUGCUUACAAAGAUCAUGUAUACCAUCAAUUUAUUGUUUGAGUUGAAGAAGAGAGCAGAUGAGGAUAAAGUAGAAUUUAAGCUGCCAAAGGUCGGGACUCUGCUUAACUAUCAACAUAAUAAGUUCAACAAGAUUCCUCUGUUCCCUACAACUGCCAUUAUUGCCCCACUUGCCAUAUUUUCUGACGAUACCUCUGGAAAUCUGCCAAAAACAUAUAUCAUGUAUAACACUGUUUCCCAGCAAGCUGGAUUCAAGUCAACUCAAUUGAUGUCUAUUCUUGCUGUAGACCUGAAGUCCUUGGAAAACAGUAUUGAGAUGUAUUUGUCAACAUAUAACGAGACUGUCACUGUCUGUGCUCUAUUGCUCUUCAUUACAGCUGACAAUGCCCACCACGCUAAACUUGUUGGUUUGAAGCAUGCGACGUCCAAUUUCCCAUAUAGAAGGUGCUACCAUCGCAGUUUAACAAGAUUCAGUUUUGAUGACUUCGACUCUGAUCAUCUGGUUCGCCAUUUUCAAAGAAGAACAAAGGAACAUUGCAGGAUUGCAGCCACCGACCCAACUUGUAAAGAGAAGGCAAUUCCUAGUGUAUUGCUAAAUAUUGACAAUAUUUACAUGCGAAUGGAAAAGCCUAUAGAUAAGAUGUCUAUUCUUACUGAUCUUGGGUAUAGUCAUACUGGUGCCAAAGGCCUACUUUGUUUGCAGUCUUUUGAUCCUGCUCUUGAUACACCUGAGGUUCUAAAGGGAAACACUGCUUUACAAGUAAAGUUAUCCAAUUUGCUAGAGCAAGAAAAAGGCUCCAGGGACUUUACAAGAACUUUCAGAAAGAAGCUUAGACAUAGUGGAUCUUACCUUGACAAGGAGCUCAUAAUUUUGGUGCAAGUCCUGCCAGCUAUUCUCAAUGCUGAAUUCGCAAAUGACACAGAAGUUAGUAUGAUUGCUAAGCCUUUUACAGAACUUGGCAUUCUAUUGUCUCUUUUAUUUGUUCAAGAAGUCAACUCUGAUUUCGAUCAAUAUCUCAGCAAUGUCAAUAAUACUGCUCGUCUUCUUGUCAAGUCUUUGUGGAAAUAUGACGUAUAUAGCAAUACCAAGUUCAGCUUGACUCUGAAGACGCACCUUCUGCUGCACUUGAAAGAAGAUAUCAAGAGGUUUGGUUGUGCUCUCUACUUUGAGACCGAAAAGGGUGAGCAAUUCAACAAGUUCAUCCAGACUCAUUUGGUAUAUUCCAACUAUCGUGCUGAUAACAGGGAUCUUGCAUUCAAGUUUGAAAAGCAAGAUAUGCUUAGACACAUUGCCAGUGGAAGCUCAUGGAUCAAUAGAACUACAGGUACUCAAGUAAAGAGUGGAUCCAGUAUUUCUGCCUUUCUUCAAGAUCAAGGAAUCAAAUAUUCUGACAACUACUUUGGCAAAUACCAGGAAUUUGUGGACAGUAACCACGUAAAGACAAAGGUUGUUACUGGUGUCUCAGUUGCAUUUUUCUAUAAAGAUAAUAUUUGCAGGCUGUUUGUUGGAAGGAUUAUGGAAAGUAAUAGUAUUUUGUGCAUUCAGUAUUACCAGCUUUUCUCACCUAACCUGAAUUUGGCAACAGUUGGCUGCCAACCAAGUGAACAUUACUGCAAUCUGGAAGAAAUCAAAAUCGAAUGCAUGUUACAUUUGACUUCAGGUGUUCACCUUUCUAGCUUUGGACUAUUGAGUAUUUCUAUUGGGUGCUUCUCAAAAAAGCAGAACUUUUCUGAUCUUCAGACUCUUCAGGCUCUUCAAGCUCUUUCAUGA